GGGGCCGGUGCGCGUGGGGCGGAGUUGUUGUGCUGCGCCGCGGGAGCCUCACCCACCUGCUCCCACCUCGCCCCUUGCUCACGGCGGCGCGGGCUGGAAGCGGCGGUGCAGCGGCUGCUGGGAGUCAGCCUCGAGCCGGAUCAUGAACCAUGGAAAAAUCUCUACCUGACUCAGAGUUUGCUGGCAUUGCUUUUUAUGGUGGCUGCAUUAAACCUUGUUGUCAGUUGGCUCGUGAUAAAUUUAGAAAGCGUUCUUCAAAUAAACUUAAACUUAAAACAGGUGUUGAUCCCUGUACUGUGUGGUGCAGUAAGCCGGUAGAGGUACUGAGAGAAUAUUGCGAUGUAGUUAAAAAAUACAUCUUUUGGCCGCUUCUGUUCAGAAUUGAUCAUAUGUUAAGUGAUUGGUUUGUGGCAGAUAAUCACUUAGAGUACAGUGGUUCCCAUCUGUGUGAACUAAGUUUGAAAAGACUCUGGCACAUCGAGGUUCUGGAAGACAUUGUUGAUUUAGCUAAGAAAGUUGUGAAUGAUCCAUUUUUUAUCAAUGGCAUAUUAAGAAUUGGUACAAGAAUAGAAAAUAAAGUCUUUGAUGUUGGGGAUGCCCUCGACUGGGUAAAAUACACAGGUGAAUUCAGUGUUCUAGAGAAGUUAAAAAAGCUUGGUGAUUACUGUUGGCCUCCCCUCGAAGUUUUCUUUGCUGAAUGCAAAAAUCAUAUAACUAGGGUUGCAUUGGAAGAUUGCAACUUAGUUGAAGAGUUCGAAGCUCAAAGUUGUGAAAACUGUAAAAAGGAAAGUGAAUUUAUGAAAAAACGAGGAAAUAGUGAGUUUUCCCAAAGGAACUGGCACUAUGCUAUAAUCUUCUACACUAAAGCCAUAGAAUAUUGCCCUGAAAACCAUCUUCUUUACAGUAAUCGGGCUCUCUGUUUUCUUCUCACUGGAGAAUACAAGAGAGCCCUUGGUGAUGGAAAAAGGGCCAUUAUUUUGAAGCCCACUUGGCCAAAGGGUCACUAUCGUUUCUGUGAUGCUCUCUCACUCCUGGGGGAACAUGAACAGGCAAUGGUAGCUAAUGAAAGAGCCCAAGAGCUAUGCAAGAAUAGUCCUGAAGGACUUAAGGAUCUUAUUCAACAAAACACAAAGUUACGGAAGAAAAUAGAAGAAAAUAAAGGUGGCAAACAAAGUAAACACAAACCAAAGAAACCACAUUUUGAGAGAAAAGACUCUGGUUGUUCCAAACCUAAUUUAUUCACUUCUCAAGAUCCAAAAGAAAUGCAUAAAGAAAAGAGGACCACACAGUCUGACUCUAAAGACCAAAGUUGCAAUCUAAAACGUGAUAUCAAGGUCUCCACUGAUACCCUAAGUAAAGAGAAUAAUUCAGAGUUACCAUCAGGACAGAAUCACCAAAAUAAAGGAAAGCCAAAGAACAAAACUAGUGAUUCUGAAAAGGCAAGAGAACACCUGAAUUUGAAGAUUGACUCUAAAAACAUCCAGGAUAAAUUCUGCAGUGCUGUCCGACAGGUGGAUCCAACUAUGUUGCCAGAAAUGUUAAAAUCUCUUGUUUGUGAUGGCUAUAAAGCCUUGAUGGACCAGCGCUGUCGCAGUGCUGAGCAGGCCUUUUCGCAGUUGAUGAAUAUUCUGGAUCCUUCAGAAUUAAAGAAGCUGAACCUUGCUGUUAUUGAUUAUGUUGUGAUCAUCUAUGGGCAUGCUACUGCUCUUCUUGGAAUAGGGCAGCCAGAGGAAUUAGCAAAGGCUGAAGAUGAAUUUAACAAAAUAAUUGAACAGUACCAGAAGGAGAGAUUUAAUUGCUUGGCACAUUAUGGAAUUGGAAAAGUAUAUUUUAGACAAAACAGAUUUUCAGAUGCUCUGGAUCAGUUCCUGAAAUCGCAGACAAUGGUUAAUCGUAAGAUUGUACCUGGAGUAUUAACUUGGCCCACAACUUCUGUGGUUAUCCAAGAGACUCGGCCAGAAAUGUUACAGCUGAUGCUGAAGGAUUAUAUUGAGGAAUGCAAGUUCCCUCCAGCCCCUGAUGCAGUAUGUCGUUAUCAGGAGUGCAGUGGUCAUUCUAAAAUCCAGAUUUAUUUUACUGACCCGGACUUUAAGGGUUUUAUACGUCUCACGUGCUGUCAACAAUGUAAAGUGGAGUUUCACAUCGGCUGUUGGAAGAAGCUGAAAACUACAGUAUAUAAUGACAGAAAUGACAAGGAUUUUCUUCAAGAGUUAUGUUUCACCCCUGACUGUAGUGGUCUCAUUUCAAAAAUUGUUAUCUUCAGUUCUUCUGGUCUUGUGAAAUGUGAGUUUGAAGAAAAAAUCACAAAAACUAAGGAUCCACCCAAAACCAGCAUUAAGCAGAAGUGUUCAAGUUGUAGGAAACUGAAAAUAAAACAAGAUAAAAAAUUAAGGAGAAAAUAUGUAAAAGAAGAAACGCUGAAUUCUGUAAAAGAGAGAGUAGAAGAAAAUCAGAAAGAAAAUAGUGAAUCUAAACGUGACCAUAAAGGUCAUGUUCCGGAGUGCUUAUUUGCUGGUGAUAGAGUCUUGCAGUAUAUUAUACAAAAUGCUGAGCAAAUAAAAACAGGUGUAUGUGACACCUCCAAGCUUCUUAGUGAAUUACUUUCAUGGUGGAUAAUAAGUAAGGAAGAUUAUGCAGCAUGUUCCAUCAACAGUAGUUUAUCAAAUGAAGUGAUGGAGCAGUUCAUCAGUAACUUAAUUCAGGAAAAAAAUAGAGUAAAGACAAGAAUUUUUAUCCAUGUACUGAGUGAGUUUGAAGAAGUGGAUCCCAAAUUACAUGAGUGGGCAAAACAUCUUAACAAUUUUGGUUUGAAAGCUGCAGAAAAGUUUUUCUCAUCUUUUGGCCAUCUUGUUGAAAAGCUUGACCUUAGCUUUAUAACUGGUCUCUGGAAUGAAAAGUAUGGUCGUAAGUUAGGGUGUGUUGUGACUAGCACUGAAGACGAAGAAAUACUUGACUGUUUCCAUGAAGCGUCAUUGGAAGAAGCUCGUUGUGUAAUAUGGUUAUUAGAAGAUAAUCGAGAAAAAUUUCCAUCUCUGCACCACGCUUUAGAUGUAUUCUUUGAUAUAAUGGAUGAUCCUUGUGUUAUAAUAAAGAAACAGGAAAAUGAAGAUAUUUCAACUAAUGGUAUCAAAGUUAAAAACAAAAACAAGAAGAAAAAGUCAAAAGAAUCAAAGCAGACUAUUUUAGUACUGUCUGGUGGGGUUGGCGCACUAACACAUGAAGAAGAUGCUAUAUUUGCAGAAGAAAAUACAUUUUCAGUGGGCUCAGCCCCAACAGAGACAACAGCAUUUCAAGCCAUGGUAACCCCACAUCUCAGCACUACUCAGUAUGUAAGUUUUAUGAAUCCUUAUGAGCCAUUCAUAAUUCCAGAAUAUCUUCGUGAUCAAGUGGAAGAAUUUGAGGAUUUGCAUGAUAGUAUUUCUGACAGCGAUGAUUAUCAGAGAUUUUUGGAUAAUAACCCAGACCCAACAUGUGAAAGUUUAUAUGACUAUUUCUCUCAGAUAUUGGAGGAACAUGGACCCAUGGAGAUUGAUGAUAAAUUAUUAGUUGGAGAGUAUGAACAUUUCCCUGAAGAAGCUCGUAAGAUUGUGGAGAAUGCUGGAGGUUUAAAACCUUUCCUUCUGAGAUCCGCUCAUUUUGUUUUGAUGGACAACUGUAUUGGUUUGAUGAAGCAUGCCAUUCUACUUAAAGAAAAUGCAGACAUCCUAGCUGAAAGUAAAGAAGAUACUAGAAAUGAAGAAGAAAAUUGCAUAGCCUGGCCAAAUAUUCAAGGAAACUCUUCUAAAAGCAAACUACAGUUAAACCCAGCUGCUAAGGAGUUCAAACCAGUGUCUUAUAUUAAUAAACCUUAUAUGCCAGUUCCUACUGAUGAUACAUUAGCAAGCUAUGAGACUCAAGAAUGUUCAGCCAUAGGACAUUCCUCACAUAUUUCUUAUAGUUCAGUGCAUUCUUUGCCAAAUGAGAGCACUGAUACCAUAGAAGAAGCAGUAUCUUUUUCAGAUGUAUUACUACCCUCAGUAAUUCCUAAUAACCGCAGCAUACUUCUGACUGAUUCCUCAGUUUAUCAGAAUGAAACAAUGUUGCCAAUCCUCUCUCAGCUGCCUUCUGUUCCAAAUGUUGCUAGCCAACCUAGUUAUAUAUAUGCUGAUUAUGAAGCACAUCUUGAUAUUGAUGAAACUGCAACAUCAGACAGAAGGUGCAGCUCUGGCAUUCUCAUACCAAAUCUAAUGCAAACAUACCAGGAUACUCGGUAUGUAGUGGAGAACUUAGAUUUUGAAUUCUGUGGAAAUAAUCUUGAUGGGGUGAAUAAUACGAGUGAAGCUAAAUAUGAUAUAUCUGCUAUUAAAAAGAAAAUAGAAAAUAAAAAUUCAUCUGUAGUGAAAAACCAUCCACACACAAGGAUGAUAGCUGUCCAGGUACAGCGGGAAUUAGCAGACAGGGAAGCUAAUACUAUGCCUUUUCAUCCAUUUGAAACUCAACAAGGAGAUAUUUUACGUAUGGCAAAAGAACAUCAGGUAUUACAGAAGCAACUAAAGGAAGCAAAAGAAAAAUAUGAGCAGCUGCAAUGCCGAAGCACAGAAGAAACCAGUGUUUUAAAUGAGCAGUUAAAAAAAAAAGUUGAAGAAAAUAAGAUUUCAAAGAGAGAACUGGAUUGGUUUCAUCAAGAUUUAGAAACAGAAGUAAAGAAGUGGCAGCAAGAAAAAAAAGAAAAUCAAGAGAGAUUAAAAGCAAUAAAGAGUGCAGCCAAAAAGCAGGCAGAUACCAAUGAAACGUAUUUGAGGAAUAUUGAGGAGGAGGACAAACAGUAUAAAGUUAUUUUGGAGGAGUUCCUUGAGAUCAGUAAUAAACUUGCAAAUGAGAAAGUAAAACUGGAAGAGCUUAUAAAAAAGAGCAAAGAUCAAUACCAAGAGUGUGCCAAAAGAACUGUCACAGCAGAGGUGUCAGUACUUGAAAACUGGAAGACUGCUGAGGUAUGCAAGUUAUGCAGCAUAGUUGCAAAUGCAGAAGCAAAUCUUAAAUGGCUAAAGGUAAUUAGCAGCAGCUCUGUUUCACCAUCACCUCAACUGAAGUCACAGAUAGAUGAGUGGGAAACAUUUCAUUCAGAUGUCAAGAAAGAAAUUGAGAAAGUAGAGACCCAGUAUGAAGAGAGAAUCCGUAUGGUGAAAAAUGGUGCUGUGCUAAAUGAUCUCUCUAAAGUACAAAUUGCAGACCUUCAGCCUCCUCCUAGUGUCUCAGUCUUGCAAGGCUGGCCCCCUAUUAAUGAUCCAGCCAUCGUGUUGUGUUCAUCUACACCUGUGCAUCCAAACUUACUGCCUCCAUUUUCAAACCCUAAAGACCAAAGUCCAGUGCAUUCUGCACCUCGUGAGCAGAGCAGAAGUAAAACAGCACAUAAAAGUUCUAAUUAUUCUACAAAUAAUGGAUCAGUAAAAAUACUCUCUGAAACUUUGGGAAGAUCAUGCUCUGAUCAAGUGCUAGUAGCUCAACCAUCUGAGAUUUCUGGACAUGCUGCUCAAAAUACCCAGCUGAGCCACCAAAAUGAUCCAGCACUGGCACAGUUGGACUCUACUAGAGGUUCAAACAAGAAAGCAGUUCCAAAAGCAUUUGAUAAUAUCAUUUCACAUCUAAUGACUAUAUUUCCACAUUAUACCAGGUUUGACCUUACUAAUUUCAUAAAAGAGGUACGAAUUAAAAAAGGAAACACGCUUUCAGGGCUGAGCCAAGAUGAAAUCCUUAGCAGUGUGACAGAACUCAUUUUGGAUCACCAAAUGAAGAAAAAGGUUCUGAUCUCAGCAGGGAGAACUGAAAAGUCAGCAUCCUCUGCUUCAUCAGGACAGACACAGAAGCUAUCCAAGCCUGCAGAAGGAAGUGUGUCCAGCCCAUCCAAGGCAAGGCCUGCCUAUAAAACUGCCAAAACCAAAAUGUCUUGUCCCUUACAGCCAGCUGAGCAUCCCUGGAGAUUGGUUGGAGAAACAUCAAAAUCAACAUGGAAAAAAUCAAGAGAUUCUAGUGCCUCUGAGGAAGAUCCAUGCAUAAUAUGUCACGAGGACUUAAGCAAGGAAGCUGUGUGUGUGCUAAAAUGUGGACACAGUUUUCACAGAGAGUGUAUAGAACCUUGGCUUAAAACACAGAGGACAUGCCCAACCUGUCGAGUUCACGUCCUUUCAUCUGAAGAGUUCCCUGAACUUCCUGGAAAAAACAGAAAUGCUUGAACCUUGUUAUUACAUCUUUUUAUUAAUCUGAAUAUUAAUCAUGUUAGUUGCUGCAAACAGGUAGAGUGGUUCUGUGACAUGUACUGCUGAGAAGUAUGAGCAAAAAGCCUGGUUCUAUGAAAUCAGUGGAGCCAGAUUUUGUCUCAGUUAAAAUUAAUUCAAAAUUUUACUUCUAACAAGUCAAACCAGUAAACUUUAAUACUGAAAACUUUCAUCUUGCACAGUUACUGGCCAAACGGGCGUGACAGUUGACAUAACUCAUUUCUGUCAUUAUCUGGUUUAUAAAUGUAAACUGAUUGUAUUCAAACAGUGGAGCAGGAUUGUUUGUUUGUUUAUAGGGGACACUUAAGCCACCACAUUUGCCUUCCUCAAAGUAAGAUAAUACUCAGUUGCUGCCUCUUUGGAGGAAACUGAAAAUUGAUUUAACACACUGAAAACUCUCAAGAAUGGUCGAUCUCAUUGAUCUUUGCAUAAAUUGGAUCUGUCGACUGCAUUCAGGAGUGCCAUUGUGAAAUGUAAAUUUUUAUGGUAUAAACAGGCUGAGUGCAUGCCUUUUGCAUGCAAGUCCCUAAUGGAUAAUAUUUGACCUUGAAUGCUAAUAUUUGUUUUAUGAAAAAACAGUCAAUCCUACCAAGAUGUCUAGAGAUGCUUAUGUGGAAGCUUAUUUGAAUUCCCAUAUAAUAUUUCC